AUGGGGGAAAUGAUACCAAAAAUCAGUGGGGUUGUGAAAAUAGACAUAGAUUUGGAGUGUGAAGUGUCAAGAAGGCUAUAUGGGGCUGGAUGCUUUGGAGGAGAGCCCAUUUUUGUGGCGAAGGAUGGUGCACGUGAGGAGGAUGAAGGGUACAUUGCGUCAUACGUGUAUGAUGAGAAUAGUGGAGUCUCAAGGUUUGUGGUGAUGAAUGCUAAAUCUCAAACACUUGAUGUUGUUGCAACAGUGAAGCUUCCUAGGACAGUACCUUAUGGUUUCCAUGGCCUUUUUGUGAAAAGGGGGGAUCUUGAUCAAACGUGUUGA